UACUUCUCAUCCUACCUUGACAAAGCAUCCCUCUCCAGCUUUCCUGUAGGUGCCCUUUAGGUACUGGAAGGAGCUCCAGUGAUUAGCUACAUCACUUGUUGUAUUUAUAAUGACAUUUUUUUUCUGUGUGAUUAGUUAUUUACUGCAGGGCUCUGUCCUAGAGCAGCAUUCUUCCAGCACUGCAGUGGAUCUCCAUGUAAAUGCAAGAAGACUCUUCUAUCCUUGCAAAUAAACAUACCAAGCUUGGCAAGACUUUUCCCAAACAGACUUCUGAACAGCUUGUAAGAACCUAUUUAUUUUUAGUUAAAAAGUACUAAUUUAUUCAUUCUGAAGGUUCAUAAGAAUUGCAGCACUUUCUUUCUAGCUAGUUUAGAAUGUUUCUGCCACUUCUGUAAUUGUCUGAAUCAAUGCUUGUAUUGAAUUAAUUUAAUUCAUUCCCACAAUGGAGUGUUUUGGUGAAGUUCUUUCCAAACCAGGUUUUAGAAGUGCCUUGCUCCCUAUGGAACUGAUACUUGUCACCUACCACGUGUUAAGGUUUCAGCAGUAGUUGAACUCGUGCAUUUUGGAAGGAAAGAGAACAGUAAAAAAUCAAGGUGCUUGUAAGCAUAUUGUGAUGUUCUGUCAUCUCAGAUUGCCUUGAUCAAUAAAUGGACUGAGUUAACUGGGAAGCUGUGCUGAUCUUGGAAGGACUGGAGUCCUUGACUAUCUGAAGCCUGUUGUUUUGUGGCCUGAGCUUCCUCUCGGUAGAACAAGGAUGUCCAGCCACUGUGAGGGCUGGCAGCUCCCUGGGAGCUGGUCAGCAGAAAGAUGAGCGGGAUAUUUUGGGCGGCAGAGCCGGGUUUCCCCAACCAGGCCCUCUCCCAGAACCUCCAUCCAGCAAGGGAGCAGGGCAGGAUGGUGGCCAAGUGCAACCAAGACUCAUCAGGCAAGUCCACAGUGAUGACAGAGGUGCAAGAUCAGCCCCAUACAUCAGCCCGUGGGUCGGGGUCCAAACCAGCUCAGUCUCUCACUCUUAGACUUCACAGCCCGGCAUGAGGCCUUCACCAUCCCAGCGAGUGUAUUCAUGGCACAGCAAUGCUCCCUUUCUAUUCUCCAAGGGUGAGCAAAGGAAAAAACCUUGACCAUACACCCGCAUAUGUGGAGGGUGUUGCUCAUUUAGCCACUUACUUAACUUUCUUCUAGAUUUUCUCAGGCAAAGCAAUUUAUGAUCUGCUUGUGCACAGCAUGCCAAGCAGGAAGGGCUUAAAACUACGUCACAUCCCAUUCAAAACACAGUAAUCACACCAUAUUUGCUGACCUAUAAUUUUCUAUUACCGUCAUAGCCAAUGUAAAAGAAGCAGCAGGCUCAUGUGCCUUUGUGUGGAGCAUAUGGUCAGCUCACAGGGCUGUGUCCACACCAGGGAGGUGGCGAGUGCGUCUUCUACAGAGUCAUUCCCACUUGAGGAUUAUGCAGAGGCACAUGCCUAAAAUGAAGAUGUACUUUUCUCAGGAUGCCAAGACCAGACAACAGCUAGUUAAGCAUCUCCCUACUUGUGAUUUGCCUACCCUCAUGCUUGGUAAGCAUUAGCAGAUAGAAGGUAACAACCAGCACAUUGGACAUACUAUCUGGAAGCUGUUACAUGUGUGAAAGCACCAGGAGAAAUGACAAAACAAGAGUUAGAAGAAUGGUAUGCAUUGAUCUGGUAUGCAUUGAUCACUGAGGACGUGAUUAACACCAAUCAAUCUCGUAAGCACUGAGGAAUGUGUUGCUUGCACCCUGAUGUGCCACAGAGAAGGUGACUCACUGGCAGAAGAUGUGCGCCUGACAACAGAACAACAGCAGAGGGGAUACAGUACAUCUUAUGGGCUGUUUCUCUUCCUGUUAUCCCAAGAGGAUGACAGGUUAUAAUCCCAAACAAGAAAAUGAAAGAUGCCCAUCAUUGCCUAACACUUACGAAGCCUGAAGUAAAUAAGAUGCAGAGCCAAAACAUCACACCACAACUUUUGUCUCCUAAAAGACCUUAGAGGCCUGUCCUGGAAGGAGUUGGCCUGGGUACUCAAGAGGAACCCAGAAGGCAUACUGACGACUCAACAGUGGCAACCUUUGCCUUCCAUGUCACCCUCAGGUGACCUUGGCCAGACCACUUGGACACACACAUUUUGGCCCUGCUGAGAGUGUGUGUGUGAGUGUGUUCAUUGGUAUGGUUUACUUGCUUAGAAAGUAAGGAAAAUGUCUUUCAGUUUCUAAAUGAUCGUGAGUUUUCUUAAGUUAGAUCCUACAACAGUACUGUACGAAUAUUCCAUGAGUGUGAUUAUACAGUUUAAUUUUAAGAUGCCUAUGAUAGUCUACCCAAUAUUUGCUUAUGCACCCUACCAGGUAUUAUGAGGCCCUGGCACUGUGGGUUAAUAUCAGUGAUGAUUCACAGUUCUGUCAAAUGUACAUGCACAGCAGUGUCAUCACAGUGUUGUUCUUUUAACCCAAACUUGCACCUAUGUGUCAAAAUGUUCGGCUCUGGUCCCCUAACCUCAGAAACCUCUAAGGUCUUCAUUUCUUCCUUUGACUAAGCUAAAAAAGAAUUUCUCAGUAAAAAGCUAGCUGCUUUUUGUUAGCAACUUCUCUCUUUCCUACCACAGAUAUGAUAAGUACCAGUGCUAAAUGUUACACCAGCCACAGUGCUGAUACACUACUCUGACAGCCUUGUCUCUUGGCCAGAGGACACUGGAUAAUUCCCUGCCGUCUUUCCAACCUCUACUAGUCACUACUGCUAGUAUCUAGUACCUCCACCACAUAGCUAGUACCUAGUGGAGGUAGAAAGCAACAGACAUGACAGUGGAUGAAGCAGCUGACUGUACAAGUAAAAGGUGAAGUCUGUCUUGAUGCCGUUGAAGGAAACCAGAGGGUAGUGUAGAGCAAUGCAGGCCGGGUGCUGGUUUCUCCAUCCAUGGGGCAUUGUUUAAACACUCUUAGGAUGGAUGCUGGAAUUGUCCUCUACACAACUUGUGAAGUCUAUCUUAUAUAGUGGGACUUUAGUGUUCACAAGAGGGGGAAGACACUUAAGAGGCACAAACAUGGACAGAAGUAAGGUAAUGAAACAGCAAAGGCUUUGGCACACCUGUUGUGGGAAGGUUGUACCCACACACAUAGCUCCUUUAAGUCAGUGUUGAGCACUGAUAUAAAAUUAGUCUUGUGGAUGGAGUAACCUGUGCGUGUUUUGAAGAAGUGUGUCGGUUGAGUGUGUUUCACAACUCACAGACUGCUCCUGGACUAUGGCUGGUAUGAAUGUUAGAAGUCAAUUUAAUCCUUGUCCAGGAAAUAUACAUGUAAGCAGAGCACCUGGUAGCCAGCCAAAGGCUUGGACUUUUGGGUGGCUACCGAGCAGCUACAGAAAAGCGCAGGUUGUAGCAUCAUGGGCUGCAGGUGGAGAAAGAGCACCUUUGCUCUGUGUAAUACACAUCGCUUCAGCCAAACAGAGGCAUUGCACAAGCUCUCCUUCUCUCUGCAGUCCAUCGGCAAGAUGCUAAGGUUGGUGCUUUCCCAGAGAACAUUACAGAGGUUUUGCAAGUUGCCAGCUGCAAAUACAAUACUGCUUGGGCCUAAGAGGUAUGUGGAGGCUGCCUGGGCCGCUGCCACUUGUGAAGGAUAGUGUAAUGGCCUAGUGUUUCCCACCCACACAGCCAAUGAAGUCUGGCCUGCCACUCAUGUGCCUAUGGAGAGGUCAACAUGCUUGUGUAGCCUCACGAAUCUGGUAGAGAGCCAGACACAGCUGCUGUUUGCCCACACCAUUUCAUGGGGACUCAGAACUGUGCGCACAGGCAGUGAGAGCAGCCUGAGUCUUCUCCUUUCUCCACAACCCCUUCUAAGAGGCAUUCCCAUGGGCACCUGGGAGUUAGGAAAUGACCUUUUCCAAAUGAAACAUUUGGAUGUUUUUUACUGUGGCUAUCAUCAGCUUAAGAUGAAAUUCCAUAGCUGAAAUUCCUUACUGCAUCACCUCAGCUGCUUCUGAAAACGUAAUCCGUUGCAAGCCUGAGAGUUAUGACCACAAGACCAAGUGGAGGAAGUUAUCAAAGAUAUGACCCAUGCUCACAUCCCUUAAUUGGAAGACACACGGUGUGGUCCAGUGUGGUGCCGACGUAGCAGGGCUCUGACACAACACGCUCCUUUUAAUGCUGGUGUUGAUAGAGCUGCCACCAUUCCCACCACCAGCCUGAUCAGAUACGACAGUGGGCUCUGCCUGGUGCAAGAUGUGGUUGUUCAUUGCAACCUUGUUUUUGACACAAGCAGCUGCAAACUCAGAAGAUGUCCUCGAGUACACAAAGGGUGCAAAUCCUGAGACAUUCAUGAAUAUUAGCCAAAUGAUCUGCUACAGAGGGUACCCCAGUGAGGAGUAUGAAGUCCUGACUCGUGAUGGUUACUACGUCAGACUGAACAGAAUUCCUCAUGGGAGAGAAAAGCCUGGAAACAGAGGCCCCAAACUAGUCGUGUUUCUUCAGCAUGGGCUACUCGGUGAAGGCAGCAACUGGGUUGAAAAUCUGUCUAACAACAGCCUUGGCUUCAUACUAGCAGACUCUGGCUACGAUGUCUGGCUGGGAAACAGUCGGGGAACACGCUGGUCCCAGAGACACCAGCAUCUUUCCACUGAUCAGGUUGAAUUCUGGGAUUUCAGUUUCCAUGAAAUGGCUAUGUAUGACCUCCCAGCAAUGAUCAACUUUGUUCUGCGGAAGACCGGCCAGAAGCAGAUAUAUUACGUGGGCUACUCUCAGGGUGCCUCUAUUGGAUUCAUAGCAUUUUCAUCCAUGCCAGAACUGGCUCAGAAGGUCAAAAUGUUUUUUGCCCUGGCUCCUGCAGUGAUAAUUAAGCACGCCAAAAGUCCAGUUAUGAAAAUGUCAUUCCUGCUUGACAGACAAUUCAAGGUAUUUCAGCUCUUGCUGGGCCAAACAGACGCCUCACUGCGAAUGAGGAAGCUCUGGAGAUUUCUUCCUGACCUGUGCAGGCACCCAGUCUUGCACAAGCCCUGCGCCACCCUGUUGUUCCUGCUGGGAGGCUACAAUGAGAAGAACCUCAACAUGACCCGGCUGGAUGUAUACACAGCCCACUAUCCUGACAGGACAUCUGUCAAAAACAUGAUACACUGGGCCCAGGUGAUGACCUCAGGAGACUUCAAAGCCUUUGACUAUCGCAGUGAAAACCAAGCCAUAUACCACCAGGUAGGAGGAGGCUGCAGCGCUGGUGUCUGGAGGUGGGAGGUGGGCAGGUGGCAGGGGCAGGGGCCGGGGAAGCCCCCCUGCGUUCAUCCCACGGGAUGUCCCCAUCCAAAACCACUGCCAGCCUCACGCCGAGUCUGUCCCAGGUGUUGCAGGGCUGGGUUAGCUUGUGGGGGUUCUCAGACGUGUCUGUGUCUCUCCAGGAGAUACCUCCCUCUUACCAGCUGGAGAAGAUGCCCGUGCCCACUGCAGUGUGGUCAGGGGGUGAGGACUGGGCAGUCAACUGGAGGGACGUGCACCUGCUGCUGCCCCGCAUCGCCCACGUCAUCUCCUACGUGCACAUCGCCGACUGGAACCACUGGGACUUCAUCUGGGGCUUGGACGCCCCCGGCCGCCUCUACAGCCACAUCCUGGCCCUGAUGGAGAGGUCUCGGUAGGGCGGGACCCGGCUCAGCAGGCCGGCUGCAUCUGGACACGGGGAGGCUGGGGGCCGAGAGCAGCCCCUGGCUGUGGCACAGAGGAGGUGGAUCGAGCCAAGCCUUUCUCAGCUGCCACAGGCGACGCAAGGAGGGGCCCCAGCCCUGGGCUGCGGCCCAGGGGACUCGGGUUGGAUGCGGGGAACCCGGGGCCAGCUGACAGCGAUGCCACCGCCAAGCCGCCUGCUCCUGCUCUGCAUGUCCCCGCCCUGCUGCUUGCUGCAAAGCCCCGGAGACAGUUAAAGGCCACAACACCCGUACACGCGCAUACAGAACAAGAAAAAAAAAACGAAACAAAACAAAAAAAUUGCUCGAAGGGGCCUUCUCUCGCACGGGA